AUGGCUCCGUUGCUUCCCUCUGUGGCAAAUUCAUGGGAAACCGUCAUUGCUACCCUCCGAGAGCAGGACCUCCACCAGCGACUCCUCAGGUCGUGGCGAGAUCCCGUGGAGGGCGAGUCCCUCUCGCGUCGACGAGAGGACGCCGUCGGGGAUGAGUCCAUCCCUUAUUGUGCAGCUUCUGGACAGCUUGUUAGUGUUGAGAAAUCAAGUGUAUUCUUCAGCGCAAGCACGGAUGUCAAUGUGAAAGCAGAGGUUUGCUCUACUCUGAAUAUAAUGACCGAGGCAUUAAAUGAUAAAUAUUUGGGGUUACCUGCAACACUGGGCCUAGAUAAAAGUGACAGCUUCCAGUAUUUGAUUGAUCGCCUUAUUCAAAGGCUCAUGGGAUGGAAGGAGAAGUGCUUAUCCUUUGGAGGGAAGGAGGUCUUACUAAAGUCAGUAGCACAAGCUAUACCAACUUACGCGAUGUCGGUCUUUAAAAUUCCUAAAAAAGUCUGUAAAGGAAUCAUGGAUGCGAUGUCAAGUUUUUGGUGGGGUGAUGAUGCUACGCAGAAGAAAAUGCACUGGUCUGGCGGCUGA